AUGGCAGCUGGUCAGAAGUUAUAUCCUCGGGCAACGGUCAAGAAGAUUGUCAAGGCACACUCUAAACGCAAUGUCACCAAAAAUGUCGAUGUUCUGAUCUUCCUAGAUUACGCUCUCUUCUUACAAACGUUGAUGAAAGAGGCCAGCAUCAACGCGAAACAGGCUGGGGAGCGGGGUAUCAGUGCCAAAAGCGUCAAGAAAGUCGCCGAGGUGUGUACUUUUAUUGCGAAUUCUUUGCUCCGUGUUAAUUGGGCUCUGUCGUAG